AGAAGUUGAAAAAAAAAACGAGAAACAUGAAGGGCGCAGCAACGACGCUUUUCGGCAUAAUUGCGCUUCUCGGGUCUUCUCUGACAACGGCUCAACAAUCCCAAAGCAGUUCAUCAUCCCCGAGCAAAAUCGACAAUUCCUGGCUUUUCCACUCAAUGACCCAAAUGGCCAUCGACACCCACCGCACAAUCGUCACCGGCAACACAAUUCGUUCCUGCAAUUCAUCAUCAUCUUCGUCGUCAAGUGCCGACAUCAAGCGAGACACCAACGUCGUCUUCUCGCCCCUCAGCAUCAGUUCCGCCCUCUCAACCCUUUUUGUUGGGUCUUGGGGUCAAACGAACGAACAACUGAGAGCCGGACUGAAUUAUCCGUCGUCGGAUUCGUUGCCGGAAGCAGAUAUUCACACUACUUACAAGGCCAACUUGGACGCUUUGUUGGCGCCCAACCGCGGCAUUGACAUCAACUACUCGAAUUCGUUGUUUGGUGGAGCUGGGCUCAGCGUCAUCCUCUAUUUCUAUCAGGAUGUCCAAAGUUACUACAAGACAGCGAUUCGCGGAGUUGACUUCCUCAACAAACCCACACAAGCUAUGAAUGAGAUCAACCGAUGGGUGAAGGAGCAAACCAAGGGCAAAAUCACCAACAUUCUCACUUCCCCACCUUCUCCUGAAACCAAGUUGGCCAUCGCAAAUGCCAUUCAUUUCAAGGGUGCUUGGCAAUCCCAGUUUGCCGAGGAAGACACCAAAACCGAAGAAUUCUUCGUCACUGACAAAGACGUCGUUCAGGUACCCAUGAUGACGCAGACCAUGGAAAUCCCUCAAGUUCGCGACGACGAGUUGCAACUCCAAAUGAUCGCCCUGCCUUACAAGCAAGCCGAGUUCGCCCUCUACAUAGUCCUACCAACGAACCCCGGCCUGGACGCCCUCCAAGACAUCGAAUCCCGCAUCACGGAACAAUCCAUCGAUUCCCUCAUCCGUCGCAUGAAAACCACGUCGAUGCGAGUCUCGGUCCCCCGAUUCAACCUCAGCUGGAAAUCCGACCUGGUGUCAGUCCUGUCCCGCCUCGGGGUCUGCGACGCGUUUUCUCCGUCGUCGGCGGAUUUCCGUCGACUCGCCGUCGAAGACGGACUCUACAUGUCCUUGUUGUUGCACCAGGCCGAGAUGGAGGUGAAUGAAAAGGGCACCGAGGCGGCUGCCGCCACCGUGGGCACCAUUUCCAAGAGUCAGCCCAGGGUGUUCAAAGCGAAUCAUCCCUUCAUGUUUUUCAUAAGGGACAAUCGCACGGGACUGCCGUUGUUUUGGGGACGAGUCGCGCGUCCGACGACAACCGCUUGAAAUACUUGCAAUUUGAAAAAUUUUUUUUUUUUCGGGGAGAGUUUACGAUGGAAUUGAAAAAAAAUAUCUACGUGCAACAUUUUACGAACGCAAGUGACGUGACAUGACGUGACGUGAUUGAUUUCAUUCGUAAAUUCGUUCAGGGGACCUCUUUUGUACUGUAUUCAGAAAGCGGAAGGGGUUUAAAUAACGGCUUUCCAAAGAGUGCUACUUACGAAGUUUUCUCAUGCAGGCUUUUCCUCGUUCGAUUCGCUUCACAAAAGAUUUAUUGAAUUUGAAUAAACGCACGAUUUUUGGGAUGAAAUAUCCAAGUAUACGGUAUUGUGAUAAAUUCUCUACAAAAAUAAAAUAUACUGUACAAUGAUUUUCCUCAAGACGAUAGCAUAUACAAAUCCCGUUCAAAAUCCUCAUUUCCGUUUUCGACUUGUUAUUGGCUUACAAAAAAUGCAUUAUGGAAUUUUGGUGUCAUAAAAAGAAUAUAUUUCUUUUUACAACUUCGGUAGGACAUUUUCUCAGGCUUUCCAGUAGAUUCAAGCAACUUGACGUGACAGAGAAGACUUGGUUCAAAAUUAUGGAAAAAUUCGAUUUACAACAAAAUGUGUGAAAUACUCCAUAACCUUUGCAAUACACUUUUGACCGAUCCACAAAAUGUAUUGAAUUCCGCCACUAUGGUUUUAAUGAAAACCUUGAAUCGAAUGAUUCUUUGAAGUUUCUUUUUCGUUAAAAAAUUUCGAAGUUCUUGAGUUAUUUCUUCGCUCGCGUCGUAUCCAAAUGGAAACAACCAUUAUCCGACUUUUGAAGGCCUUUCUUAUGAGCUUAUAAAAAAUUCAUUUUCUUCAACGUCGAUAUUCCUAACGGUUUUCGAUACAGCUUUGGUUAAUUCGAAAAUUUAUAAAUGAAUCGAGAGACGUUUUAGCCUCACUUUGGAAAGAUCAUUCUUUCCGCGAUGCGUCAAAAAUUAAAAAUAUAUUUCUCUGCAAAAAAUGACUUCACAAUUCAAGGGCAAUUCCUCCAAAUGAAAAUGAGCAUCAAAAAGCCGUCCACGUUCUAAAAUCCCUGUUCUUCUUGCUCUGACAAGCUGUAUGAAAAUGUAAUGGCUCAAACACGUUAACCUGAUAUCAGAUAAAAAUAUUUGUCUGCAUAAUGUAUCAUGCCAACCAAAUGGCCUGAAUUUGAAUUUUAAAAUAAUCAUUAAAAACUUCCAAGAAAAAAACAAGAAUUUUCCCUUCAGUGAACAUCGUUUUCGUCUCUCGUAAAAUUUGGAUUUUAUCCACUACAUAAAGCGAUUCACUUCAUUGUCUUCACAUCGAGAAUUCUGCAAACGUGAG